GGAAGAAACAAAGAAGCUUCAAAUUUGUAUGUUUGAUGCUUAUAAAUACCUAAUUUUUGUUCUAAAAUCACCACAAACCACACCCAAAUUGCUUAGCUAAAGAAGAACCCAAAGGUUUUAAAGAUGGUGAAGCUCCCAUUUCACGUCAUUUUUGGCUCAUUUUUAUGUGCGUUUCUUCUGGUUUCAUGGCCUGUAAUGUGUCAAGAAGUUGAAGAUCAGAAGGAGUUUGAUUAUGACGCUGAAGGAGAUAGAGGACCUACUCAUUGGGGAGAGCUUAAACGAGAAUGGCAUGGCUGUAAGACUGGGUUGAUGCAAUCUCCUAUUGAUUUGUUGCAUAAGAGAGUCCGAAUUGUGUCCCAUUUUACCAACCUCAAGAUCGACUAUAAACCCUCCAAUGCAACUCUCAAGAACAGAGGUCAUGAUAUCAUGCUGAAAUGGAGUGGUGGAGCUGGAUCUAUAAAUGUCAAUGGAACUCGAUACUUUCUAAGACAAUGUCAUUGGCACUCACCCUCUGAGCACACCAUCAAUGGAAGAAGGUUUGCCUUAGAAGCUCAUUUGGUGCACCAAAGCCGAACUGGAAAAGUUGCUGUCAUUGGACUUCUGUACAACAUCGGACGACCAGACCAUUUCUUGUCCAAAUUGGAAGAGUAUUUGGAAGAUAUAUCGGAUUCAAGGGAAUACGAUAAAUUGAAUGUGAUCGAUCCAUCGUUGUUGAAGAUGCAAAGCAGUUUAUAUUAUCGGUAUAUCGGCUCUCUUACCGUUCCUCCGUGUUCUCAAAAUGUCCUUUGGACGAUAGUGAGAGAGAUUAGGACGGUUGCACCGGAACAAGUGAAGUUGCUUCGUGUGGCUGUUCAUGAUGAUUCGGACACUAAUGCAAGACCUCUGCAACCUCUCAAUGAUCGAAAGAUUCAACUACGAAUAAAAAACUAAUGGAGGAGAAUUGAUUGCAACUACUACAUGGAAUAAAUAUUUAUUGUAUUUUUCAUUCCAAACACCAUGGCUAUCAUGCCAUAUCUUUAUUUUUUUAUAUGUUAACACAUGUUAUGAAAUUUAUAAUAAACUCAAUAAUAAAAGAAUUCUUGUUGUA